AUGGCAGACAAGCUAGACCUAGAGCCGGUCCCAUCGGCAAAGUCGCUGGCUUCGACAUUCUCGCCCAUCCAAGAAGUCCUGUUCAUCACCUUGGUGUGCAUGGGACAAUUCAUGACGCAAACCAACAUCGGAGUCGUUCUUUCGCCACUAGGUAUUGUGGCUAAUAGCUUCGGUAUCACAGAGCCUGGAAUUUCAAGCUGGUUCUUGGCUGGGUACUCCUUGACCGUUGGCACCUUCAUCUUGGUGUCAGGUCGAUGCGGCGAUCUAUUUGGUUAUCGCCGAAUGUUCAUCAUCGGAUUCUGUUGGCUUGCACUCUGGUCUCUGGUGGCAGGACUCAGUGUCUACUCUAAUCACAUUCUGUUCAUUUUCGCCCGUGUCUUUCAGGGGAUUGGUGGUGCAUUGUUAUUGCCCAACGGAUUGGCUCUGCUCGGCGCAACCUACGCACCAGGAAAGAGAAAGAAUAUGAUAUUUGCCAUUUUCGGUGCCACUGCUCCAAAUAGUGCCCUUCUGGGAACUGUGUUUGGUGCAAUCUUUGCCCAAUUGGCCUGGUGGCCAUGGAUAUAUUGGUCGCAAACCCUGGUCUGCAUUGGCUGUGCCGUUCUGGCUUCUGUUGUAAUCCCCUCUAUACACCAUGAUACCUCCGUUGACUCGUCCUAUGUCGGUGUACUCAAAGCUCUCGAUGCACUUGGUGGAGCUUGCGGAAUUUGUGGACUUGUGCUGGUGAACAUAGCUUGGAAUCAAGCCCCCAUCGUGGGAUGGAGCGAGCCCUACGUCUAUGUGCUGCUGAUUAUCGGAAUUAUCCUGAUUUUGGCCUUCUUCUAUUUUGAAUUCCGUGUUGCCGAACAUCCUCUUAUCCCCUUCCACGCCCUCAGUCGCGACGUCUCGUUUGUGCUUGGGUGUGUUGCCUGUGGUUGGGGAUCCUUCGGCAUUUGGAUCUACUACUUCUGGCAAUUUCAAGAGAAUCUCCGCCAUACGACUCCUCUCUUGGCGUCCGCCGAGUUUGUCCCAGUAGGACCAAUGGGUAUCAUUGCUUGUUGCGUUACGGGGUACCUCAUGGGCCAUCUGCGCCCGGGAACAAUCAUGAUGUUGUCGAUGAGUGCCUUUACGUUAGGCAAUGUUCUGGUGGCAAUCGCACCGGUACAUCAGACGUAUUGGGCACUGACCUUCGUUUGCCUGUUGGUGAUUCCUUGGGGCAUGGAUAUGUCGUUCCCUGCGGCUACUUUGAUGCUGUCCAACGCGGUAGAGCGGAAGCAUCAAGGUAUCGCUGCAUCCCUUGUGACCACAGUAGUUAAUUAUAGUAUUUCGUUGAGCUUGGGAUUCGCCGGCACGGUCGAAGUCCAUGUGAACAACGGAGGCAAUACUUCUGGGGAUGUUCUGAAAGGCUACAGAGGUGCCCUAUACGUGGCUAUUGGUCUUGGUGCACUGGGAAUGGUGCUUAGUGCGAGCUACACCUUCAAAGGCUAUCGAGCUGAAAGUCGAUCAAAGGAGGUUGAAAGUGAGGAAAGUGGGGAAUAG